AUGGCGCCGGCACUUACAUCUCCCGCACCCGCUGCGCCGCACACGCUCUCUACCACAACCACAAAGGCACCCAAAGCCAUCUUUCCAGACGGCAUCAAGACCUCAGGUCAACAUGAGCCAGUCUACUCUUUACUACACCCUUACUCCAAGUUUCCUAAAGAAAUCACUGGUUCAACAACAUGGGACAAAACAGACUACGAGUCCAACCCCGAACGCUGGACGCACAUCUUCUCGUCCGACGAAGUACGCGAGAUGAGCGAAGCAGCAGAUAACUUCAUCGCCUCCGGAACACCUUUGACAGGCAUCACAAAAGACCUGUUCCCACUACCCAACUUUUCCAAGUUCUUAGAGCCGCUAAGGAAGGAGUUGAUCGACGGGAAGGGGUUCAUCCUCUUCAAAGGUAUGCCUGUUGAGCAAUGGGGGAAUCAAAAAUCCGCGGUCGCAUAUAUGGGUCUAGGCACAUAUUUGGGCUACUUUGUCAGCCAGAAUAGUCGGGGCCAUGUGCUUGGGCAUGUCAAGGAUUUGGGUGAGGACGCGACUGCAAUUGAUAAAGUGAGGAUUUACCGGACGAACGCGAGGCAAUAUUUCCAUGCCGAUGAUUCGGAUCUCGUGGGCUUGUUGUGUGUGGCCAAGGCGUUGGAAGGAGGGGAGUCUGAUCUUGUUAGCAGCCACUCAGUAUGGAACGAGCUUCAAAAGAACCACCCAGAUGUCGCCGAACUACUCACCCAGCCCAUCUGGUACUUCGACCGCAAGGGCGAGACAAGUGUAGGACAGAAGGAAUGGAUCAAAACCGCCGUGUACUAUCUCGAGACGGGCGACAACCCAAGAGUCUACAGCAAAUUCGAUCCCUACUUUGUCCGUUCUCUGACCCGUUUCUCGGACGCGGGUCAAAUCCCGCCUCUUUCCGAAGCACAAGAACGCGCCAUUACUAUCCUUGAAGAGACAUGCCAGAAGCUUGCGUUGCACAUGAUUCUUGAUGUAGGCGAUAUCCAGUUCCUUUCCAACAACCAUGUGUUCCAUGCCAGGACAGCGUACAAGGACUAUGCGCCGCCAGCACCGAGGAGACAUUUGAUGAGAUUAUGGCUGAGCACACCCGAGGGCGAGGGCGGAUGGAAGUUGCCCUUCCACGACAGUAGGGAAAAGAAGAGGGGUGGAAUUCAGGUCAACGACACGCCGCCGGUUGCGCCUUACGAUGCGGAGUAG